AUGAAUUUGGCCACAAAGCCUCUGCCUGAAUCUCGGUUGAUCAAGUAUUUAGAAAAUCUUAAAAGAAAGAAAAUCACUCCGAAAUUUAAGACUCUGAGGUCCCAGAUUCGCAAGAAUAUUGUUAAAUAAGCAGCAUAAGGAGAGCAAACUCUCUUGAAUGCAUCUUAAAUGAAAUUGCUCAUUUUCAGGAUCUGUAGAAAAUAUAUGCAGAUGUGCACCUCACAUCAUAGAUAGUAGACACCAAACACAACAGAGCGAUGCUGGUGUAGCUAAAGAGCCGAACAAUAGGCCCUGAAAUAGCAAAAUUAGUAUCAAUGUAAGAAUGGAUAAAGCCUACAUGCCCAAGAAAUCUCAGGUGUUUAAAUUUAAUAAUAUGGUUAAAUUGAAAAGACCCUCUACCAAUGUGCAUCGAAAGAGGUCCAAGUUCACUUGGGAUCCAAAUAAGACACUGAAGAAUCCCAAAAUAACGACCAGGGAUCAGAGAGAAGCUCCUGCCGAUAGAGUUAAGAGGUUCUUAAAAUGAUUCAAUCCAGACCUAAAUUCAAACUCCUUUGAGAAUUCUAGAAAUAAUCAGACUGUUUAUGCCAAAAGGCCGCUGAAUAAUCAGUCUGUAGAGACAAUCCCUCUUAGAGAGAUCCAAUUGGAGCAUACUUUAGGAGGUCUUGUGACUAAAGAAAUCUCUCUGAAUCGUAAUUAUUGCCAUGACUUGUCAUGACUAAUAACUAAUAACUCUUGAGACCUCGAAAAGAAGAUUCCUUUCAAAGAGAGAAAGACCAUUAAUCUUAAGACUCUGAAGAUACCAGAAAUAAUGAAUAUACAAAUAAUGGCUCCUAAGAAUGACCCCAGAGGUUUUAGGCAGAAGUCUAGGUGUGACCAUGGGUUCUUGAAUGUUAUAAAUACAAAAGGAUUCGCAAAAAGUAUAGACAUAAAGCAAAGAUAUAGCAAAAGAGAGCCUCAAGGCUCUCUUUUGACAAAGAAAAAAUCGAAUUCAAGCUUCCUUUCAAUUUCAAGGUCAGGAAGGGAAUUGAGAGCAUCAGAUAAAGGCAGCUCUGAUGGUGAGCUUAUGCCGGUUUAUAAAAUCAAUAAGAGCAAGUUAAAGUUUAAUUUGCUAAUUCAAGAUAAAAUUAGAAGCCCUAAUAACAAGAAUAGAAGAAAUCAUACUGGCAACAGAAAUUUAAAGAGACUUAAUACAAAUGGGUAAUACAAAUAUA